AUGGAGAUUCAUGUCUUAUUGUUUCAGAUACCAGGCAGAUGCACACAUAGGCACGGUCACGAUGUUUCCACUGAGACUCCUGAACUUUCAGAAGUACGUCAUGACAACACAACGCAUCAUGGAAAGGAACGCGGUGGGUGGUCACAAUGGAGCGAGUGGUCGCUUUGCUCCCGCACUUGUGACGGCGGUGUUUCAAGACAGUUACGCACAUGCUCCUCGCCAGCUGGAUGUCGCGGCGAGCCGGUCCGAUAUAAGAUAUGUAAUAUGCAGCCCUGCCGGGGCAACAUCACACUGUUAGAAGAUGAUGUGUGGAGAGAACAACAAUGUAGCGCCCACGACAGCACUCCAUACGGAGGGGAGCUUUUUCACUGGACAUCACAUCGCGAUGAUGCUGAACCUUGCGCUUUGACCUGCAGGGGCACACCACAACACUCCGGUCAAAGACCUGAACCGACGGUGUCCUUGGACGACGACGAUCGGGUGGUGGUAGCGGUGCUCGCUGCGCGGGUUUCGGACGGAACACGAUGUCGACCUGGCAGUUUGGACAUGUGCAUUGACGGUCGAUGCCAGCGCGUUGGCUGCGAUCUGCGAGUGGGUUCGACACGUCGGGUAGACGAGUGUGGAGUGUGCGGCGGAGAUGGAUCUUCCUGCUCCCGGCCACGAUAUCACUGGUUGGCGACGCCUGGCUCCCUCUGUUCGGCAACUUGUGGUGGCGGCUACAAGAUGUCGCUAGCUGUAUGCAGGGACCGACUAACAGGCUCCGAUGCACCGGAGCAACUUUGCGACGGCUCUAGCAAACCUACAGCAUCUGUAAUCAGAUGUAACACUCAUCCUUGCCCUUUCAAGUGGUAUGUAGGAGAAUGGUCGUCAUGCAGUGUCACGUGUGGUGGAGGAGUUCGUACACGAAGAGUUAUCUGUGCAAGAUCAGCAAACGUCACAAGAGCUGAUACGUACGAACCUGGGUCCAGUUCAGAACCUGGCUGCAUUUCUCCUGCGCCUAGAUCUACCCAGUCAUGCAAUGAACAAGACUGCCCAACAUGGGUGGCUGGAGCUUGGUCAGGGUGCUCAGUAUCUUGCGGUGAAGGCGUACAAGUACGUGGUGUCGAAUGUACACCUGCUGGAGGUGGAUGUGACCCAGCUUCAAGACCUGAAAUCUCUAGACCUUGUUCAACUGGAAUCAGCUGCCCAGCUUAUAGAGAAGCAGAUGACACUGAGCCACUUAUCCAACCGUAUCCUCCGCCUCCAGCCAAAGCCGAAAGAUUGAUUGGGGAACCUGAUGUUCCCGUUGAGGCUACUUACAUCAAAGAUGAUGACUGGGGUCCGUGCAGCGCCACGUGUGGUGAAGGAUGGAGGAAGAAGGAGGUUCACUGCAAGAUUUUUUUAGAAUUUAGUAGAACUAUUGCAAAGUUACCAGAUAGUAAAUGCAUGGGGCCUAAACCUACGGAGGAAACUGAAAGAUGCGUGAUGGAGCCGUGCUCAAUGGCCUAUGGAACAUCUUUUGGGGAUUCUAGUAUUCCUUCAUAUGGGACAGGAGAUAGAUCUUUAGUUUUUGGAACUUCAAGUAACAUUCGAGUGGCACCAGGAUCACCUGGAAAAUCCUACUCCUGGAAAGAGAAAGGAUACACAAGCUGCAGCGCUUCGUGUCUAAGUGGUGUUCAGGAGCUGAUUAUCCAAUGUGUAAGGGACGAAGACGGAAAGAAUGCGUCUCCAUACAUGUGUGACCCGCUGACGAAACCGGAGAACAGAGUAAGGACGUGUAACGAUCACCCUUGUCCGCCCAGAUGGAAUUUUACGGAGUUCUCACAAUGCACGAAAACGUGCGGCAUUGGAAUACAAACUAGAGAAGUGACGUGCAUCCACGAAGUGACACGUGGUGGCACAAACACAGUGGUAGUACCAAACAGCAUGUGCCCUCAACCGCCGCCACCAGACCGUCAGUAUUGCAAUGUGCUGGACUGUCCUGUCAAAUGGCACACAGGUGAAUGGUCAAAAUGCUCCAAAACCUGCGGCGGAGGCGUAAAACAAAGAGAGGUGGAGUGUAAACAAAUCAUGGCGCAGUCACACGUGGUCGAAAGGCCAUCUUCCUUGUGCAACAGCCCAAAACCGGCCUCAACAAAGUCCUGCAACAGCCGUCCUUGCCUACUAGAUACAUCAUCACCGGAGAUAUCUUUGGCCAACUCCUCCUACAUUCAACAUGAUCCUAAGAAAAAGAAGGUGACAGUGAAAGUUGGGGGCUCAGCGACAAUUUUCUACGGGACCCAAGUGAAAAUUAAAUGCCCUGUCAAGGGAUACAAUAGAACCAAGAUACAAUGGGCAAAGGAUCACCAGAUUAUUACAAAGUCGAGAAAGUAUAAGAUUUCAAAGAAGGGUGCUCUUCGUAUAACGUCCCUAUCACUUCGCGACCACGGUCUCUACACGUGUGUAGCCGGCAGAUCCAGUGCCAAUUUAACUUUGGUGGUCAAACCUAAACCUGGAGAGAUGCCAUCUAGUGAAGAGCACGAUCGGAAUAAAGUGUUGGAUGAUUCAUCUUCGCUGUCUGAUAGGACGGACGGACGCUACAGAGCAAUGGUCGGUGGCAGGUCCGAUGAUCAAUCACACGAGCAACGCCCCGGCGAUCACAGAAAGAAUUCUAAAAACAGGCAGAGAGGAAAAAUUGAUAAAGUGAGAGACGCUUUGUACGGCAGUCCAGGCACUACAACCAAAACACCAUCCUACAAUUCCCAAGCCCGAGAUAUCUACGAUGAGAAUGAGGAGAGUGCAGUCUCUUCUCGGAUGCUUCCACCAAAACCAAGCAGUGCCUCCAGAUUGUUACCGUGCCUACAUUACAUAAUAAUGCAAAUUCAGAUGUUUUGGAAUUUCCAGACACUCGGCAAUUCUCGAGGUCAGAGAAUGGUGGAUCCAGUGGUAAUGUAUCAGAACCACGUAUCACCAACUAAAACUCGCGUUGUGAAUCUACGUGAUAAGCAAAUCGUUUUCCCGGAAGACGAUGAUUCUGAUAUAAUAAUUGUCAACGAAGAUUACAACAGGAAUACUAUCGCAGAAGAAAAAGUAGAAAGCUUAAAAGAAGAUGUAUAUCACUUGGUUGACACGACUGCGUCAUAUACCGAAAUCACAACAAAAGUUCCAAUCGAUGCCAAAGAAUACACAUGGAUGACAACAGACUGGUCUAUAUGCAGUGCCCCAUGUGGCCAAAAAGGCCAUCAAGUUAGAGGAGCAGUUUGUCAGCAUAAGAAAAGCAAUAACACAACGACUGUGGAGGCUGAAGAAUGCUUAAGCAGAGGAGCAACUCCACCAAAUGUGCUACGCGAAUGUUCAGGCGUUAACUGCGCCACCUGGCGAACGACAUCUUGGUCCGCACCUCGAUGUCUAGCGAGUGGAGCUGCGGUACUCCGUCGGCGUGUAGAAUGCGUAAGCAAAAACGGCACCACUCUACCAGACUCCUCCUGCUCCUAUAGCAUGCAGCCAGAGAAAAUCAAGCGAGAGCCUCAUCCCUGCAAACCAGCAUGGGCUGUAGGCGCUUGGAGUAAGUGUAUAGGCACGUGUGGGAGUUCCGGUCGUCAGCACAGGGUGCUCCGUUGCGUGUGGCGCGUGGGCGGCCCACGUACUGAGAAGGUGAGGCGGAGGCGCGAACGGAGCGCCGGUGCCGCUUGUGAAGGCAUGCACCGCCCCAAUGUUGCCAGGGCUUGUGAAGUAUCUGCUUGUGCCAUAGAUGGUGUCUGCAGAGAUACGUCCAGAUUUUGCGAAAAUGUUAGAGCUAUGAACAUGUGCGCUCUGAGGCGGUACAAAGAACAGUGCUGCAAGACUUGUGACAACUAA